GUCGUGAUCACGACAACGCAGUUACUUCCCUUGAUUAUUGCUUCGCGCGAUGAUAUUGCGACAUUUCCGUAUGGGCUGUUUACCGUGAUAAAAAAACAGAUGCAUGCACAGACAGACCUUAGUAUUCCAAGCGCAUUGUACAGAUCCAUGAAAUAUGACAGCUGCUCGCGAUUGCCAUGUGUACGAGACGCUUAUAGACUGUAUCAAAAGUAGAGAUUUGAAUUCGGUGCAGAAGUUGAUUGACUCCAUCCCUGGGAAACUCCAAGCCAUCAAAAGUUUCCCACCAUCACUACCGGACCCAAUCUGCACUGCAGCCGAGAUCGGGGACGAUGCAAUUUUUAACUUUUUGCUGUUAUCGGGGUUUGACCCCGAUCGGUUUGCCUCAAACGACGAAAGAGGUAACGUUAUACGUCUGAAACCUAUUCACAUUGCCGCUUGUCAAGGCAAUGUAAAUAUCGUCCGAAGGUUGGUAGAUUAUCACGGAGUUUCGAUCAACUCGCCGGAUAGUAAAGGCAAGACGCCAUUGCUUUGGGCAGUACAUCGUCACAGCAAGGACGUUGCGCGGUACCUUAUUUCCCGUGGUGCUGAUGUGAAUCAAGCUGACACUUCUGGUUUGACCCCUCUGUACAUGUCGGUAGGCAAAUUCCACAGCCUUGAAACGUUCAAGCUGCUGAUUAAAUCUGGCGGGGAUGUAAAUGUGAAAGUUCGUUCUAGAUGCUUGUUCUACAAGGCAGCAGUCAUUGGAAGACUCGACAAGGCUAGGAUACUCUACGAUCAUGGAAUACACUUCAGUGAAGUAUGUGCUGAUUUGUGGAUGAGGAUUAAUAUCAGUCUAAUAAAGCUGCUGAUUGAAAUUAAUCUGCCGCUUGUCUAUCCAAAUGACAAAGAAACUUCUCCACUUGAGAUGGGUUUGGAAAGAACUACGCCAAGCGAGAGCACUCAAGCAUGGCUGCAGCUGCUUGUUUCGGCGGGUCACCCUGUCACACAGGCGGCAGUGGAUAUAGUCAGUGACAGGUUUACUGGAGACACUGCUGACUCCAUACAGAGACACUUACAGUACUAUGUCUCAAAUCCAAGAACGCUUCAGGCCUUGUGUUGUUUCAAUAUCCGUGAGAUACUGGGAGUUCGUCUUCUCCAAGAAGCUGAUUAUCUCCCCUUGCCACCGGGAUUAAUGCGAUUUGUUCGCUUGGAAAACCUUUACAAAACACUUUAAACAAAAUGUGAUGAUUUUGUUAUCAUGCCUGGAUAGGUCGUGAGGUAGAACGACCAUUUCAACAUUUGAAACGGACAAAACAUGUAAUUUGUUCAGAAGAUAAUUUUCUCCAGCUUGCAAGUUAAAGCGUACCUGGAGAUAAGACAACAUUCCUUGCAGCACACCAGUCCCUUAACGAAACAUCUAAGUAGCCAAUAUCAGAUAUGAAGUAUAACCUAGAUUAUAAACAUAUCAUACAUACCGACCAUGACAGUGGACGUUACUUGUGUUCUCGUUAUGAAACCAUUACUUUAUGCUGUACGUAUGGCAUUAACUGUUGUUACUAUAUACAUCGUUGAGACUAGGCCCAGACACGUGUUGAACAUGACAGUUCUAUGGAUUCAGGGGUGGAAAUAACCCAUUGCCCGACGCCCGGGUCCAGUGUUUUUUUACUGUCGGGCAAGCAAAUUUGUAUAUCACACUGUACCGGUG